AUGGAUAGGCUUCCUCUCGAGGUCCUCCAAUUAAUUGCAGGCUACCUUGAUGUGGUCGAUCUGUGGUGCUGGCUCUCCACCGCAAAACAAUACUACUUGGUUUUAGAGGAUGAGCUAUAUACCAAAGCUGUCCGGUCAGAUGAGAAGAGAUACGGAUUUCCUGUAUAUCCUAUUAUUGCCGCAAUCCACUGUCCAGCAGCCGCCUUCAAAAAGCUGUUAGAAAAAUUAAAGGAAAGCGAGAUCAGGGACCCAGAUAUUGACUUGAGUUCAGUUUCCAUUGAUUUCGACUGGAGCCGAGUAUACAGCAACCCUUAUCUGUCUCAACAAUUUCGAACAUCACUCCUGCACAUUCUAUGUGCAAUCGGUCAUGUAGAGCCAGUCCAACUCGCCCUGGCAAAGGGCGCUGAUCCAUCUGUAUAUGAUACCGAAGGGUGGACGGCACUACAUAGGGCAGUCGGUCCUCGAGAAUGUGAUCUUGAAGUGGUGAAGUUGUUGCUUGAUACGGGUAUGGAUCCCAAUGUACCGAGAUUGGACAACCGUCUUUACCUCCAGACACCCUUGCAUUUUGCAAUCAAAAGCAGCUGUUCGGCAGUGGUGGAACGACUUAUAAAUUCCGGUGGCGACAUCCUGGCCCCACUGAGUAGUAGGUCGGCUCUGCCCGGAUCUUGGAUGUUCAACGGCGAUGGGUCAGGUGUUCUCUCCCUCGCAGCACGCUAUGGGGAUAGCAGGAUUGUGCGUUGUAUUCUCAGUGCUGGCGAAUUUAAUGUUGAAUGUUUGACAGCUGCAUCGCUCCAUGCAGCGGAGAACCUGGACUCGAGUGCUAUGCGAACGUUGCUACAUGCGGGAGCUGUGGUCCACCGUGAACUGCUUGACAGUGCAGCCAGAUACAAUAAUCUACCAGUGCUACGACUUCUCAUUGAUGCUGGCGCGAGUGUUCGCGAAUUGAAUGAUGAGGGAGCAAGUCUUCUGUGGUCGGUUCGUAGCCCAGAAGCCGCCGAGAUGCUGCUGCGAGAAGCACCGGACCUGGCCACGGUUACGUCAGUCCAUGGCAAAACGUGUUUGGACUUCAUAUUUUAUCUAGGCGGCUACGGGCUUGGGUCUCGUCUUCCGCUGGUGGACGUACUGAUAAAUUCUGGAUGCGAGAUCAAGCCUUCCUCGGAAGACGUGCGAAGGGCAAUUAUCGCUGUAGCAGAGAACCUGGACAUACCGACGAUGGAAUUCCUUCUAAAGCAAAAUAGUUCACUAGUUUCAGUGGAAGAUGAGUCCCGGAACUCUCUCUUGCAUCUUAGCGCAUUCUGUCGCGAUGGACAAUCAUCGUCGAAGAAGCUAGAGCUUAUAAAAAUGCUUGUGAACUUUGGCUGUUCCAUUAAUUCGACAAAUGGGUCUGGAUAUAGCGUCUUGCAUUGCCUGUUUUGCAAUAAGCAACUUCAGCGCCGUGGUUAUCACCGUUACGAUUUUGACGAAGGCCAUAUCAGCAUAGUUAGAUAUCUAAUUAAUUCCGGGCUUUCUCUCCAGAUUCACUCAGAUAUGGAUGAAACAGCGUUCGUCUACUCACUUGACCGACAGAACUGGGCGGUGGCGCGUCUCCUCAUAGAGGAAGGAGUUCUUGAGUAUACAAGCACAGCGGAGCUGCAAGAAUCGUGUCAUAUUGCUACACAGCAUGGCCUUCUGGAUAUUUUACAACAUCUUGUCUUGAAGGACUUCAAUAUAAGCCAUCAGGAUGGGCUCACUGGUGAUACGGUGCUCCACGAAGCUGUUCGGCAAGCCCUCCACCAUCAUAAGCAUAUUGAAGGAUUCGUCCGAAUGGCCGGCUGCAUCAUACUUGGGUACCAUGGCGUGUCCGUUGCGGAGGUUGGAGGGGAACGACGGCUCCAUGCUUUACGGGGAGACAAGGCGGGUCGACUAGAGGUGAUACGGCUCCUUUGCAAUAACGGUGUGGAUGCUUCCAUCCGCAAUAGUGAUGGGUUGACUGCUCUUGAUCUGGUGGCCCAAACCGGGCCGUUGUUGCCGUGGGAUGCAAUAGGGAACGAGCUGAGAGAAUUGGGGACCAAUGAUACCGCGUCGAAAGCUCUCGUGCUGGACUGGGCUGCUGGGCAAGAAGAGCCGGACUUGGAUGGGAUGGCCGAUCUGUUUGAUGAUACAUUGUAA